AACCCAAACCCUCACUUUUUCCUCAAAACUCCACCAAACCUCCAAUUUUCCCCCACAAAUGCACCACAACCCCACUUUUCCCCUCAAAGGCAUCAAAACCUCCCCUCUUUUCCAUCCAAAGUCCACCCCAACCUCACUUUUUCCUUCAAAGCUGCACCUAAAUCCCACUUUUCCCCUCCAAAGCGCACCAAAACUCCCACUUCUUCCCUGAAAACUCCUUUGGUGCUGAGCUGAGGGAGCCCUGGCCCAGGCUGCCCAGGGAGGGUGUGGAGGCUCCUUCUCAGGAGGUUCCCAACCCCAGCUGGACACGUUGCUGUGCCCCUGAGCCAGGGGAACCUGCUCUAGCAGGGGCUGCAGCAGCUCUGCAGGGCCCUGCCCACCCCGCACCAUUCCACGAUUCAAACCCCUCCAGUGAAUCACCCAGAGUUGGAUGAACGCCGUCCUGCAGCAAGAGCUCAGGGUGGCACAGCCAACACCAGUGUUCCCCCUCCCUGUCUCUCCCCGUGUCCCCUCAGCCUCGGGCUCGGAGCCGGUGCGCGACAUCCGCUGCGAGUUCUGCGGCGAGUACUUCGAGAACCGCAAGGGCCUGUCGAGCCACGCGCGCUCCCACCUGCGCCAGAUGGGGGUGACCGAGUGGUACGUCAACGGCUCCCCCAUCGACACCCUCCGCGAGAUCCUCAAAAGGAGAAGCCAACCAAGGAACGGCGGCGCCGCUUCCAAUCCCACCGGCCCGGGCCCAAAAGCCAUGGCCAAAAGCCUCUUGGGCAACGUGGGAUCCUUGGAGCCGCGGGGGCCCGGAGAGAUUCACAUCCCCAGCCUCAGCAAGAAGGUCCAGCAAUCCAGCAGCCCCCUGGGGCAAUCUCCUACCUCGUCCCCACCUCCCACCGCCCGGAAGAUGUUUCCAGGCCUUUCUCCUCCCUUCUUGCAGAAGAAACUCAAACAAGAUCAACUGAGGGUGGAAAUCAAACGGGAGAUGAUGUCUGGAGGACUCCACGGAGAACCUCACCCGUCCGACCGAGCCUGGUCCCCACGGGAGGAGAUGUCCCCGUUGAACCUCUCCUCUCGAGCCGACCCGGUGCGCGACAUCCGCUGCGAGUUCUGCGGCGAGUACUUCGAGAACCGCAAGGGCCUGUCGAGCCACGCGCGCUCCCACCUGCGCCAGAUGGGGGUGACCGAGUGGUCCGUCAACGGCUCCCCCAUCGACACCCUCCGCGAGAUCCUCAAGAAGAAAUCCAAACCCUGCGUCAUCAAGAAGGAACCUCACACCUCCAGCAUCGAACCCCCCAAACCUCUCGGAGAAGAAGGGACGGAUCCCAAAUCCCCCGGCAAAAUCCUCCAGGGCAUGACGUUGCCCGGCCUGGGCGGGCGGCCGGGGAAGCCCAACCCCGGCGGUUCCACCUUGAACCGGGAGCUUUCCCUCUCGCCUCUCACCAGCAAACCCCAGAGCGGUUUCCUGACGCCUCUGUCGGCCAAGCGCCCGUUGCAGGACGAUCGUUUGGGCCCUCACGCCGAGGUGAAGCACAAGGCCUACAUCCAGACCGAGCUGCCCUUCAAAGCCAAGGCGGUGCACGACAAACCCGCUCACACCUCCAGCGAAGCCUGCUGCGAGCUCUGCGGCCUCUACUUCGAGAACCGCAAGGCCUUGGCCAGCCACGCUCGCGCUCACCUCCGGCAGUUCGGCGUCACCGAAUGGUGCGUCAACGGGUCUCCCAUCGAGACCCUGAGCGAGUGGAUCCGGCACCGGCCCCAGAAAGCCGGCGCUUACCGCAGCUACAUCCAAGGGGGGAGACCCUUCACCAAGAAGUUCCGCAACUCCUCCCACGCCCGGGAUCACGACGGCGGCGGCGGACGACGGAUCCCCCUCAGCCUCCAGGCCGGCGGCGUCGCCUUCCUGAGCAAAGGCCUGGCGGGGGAUUUGGCUCACGGCGACGCCGGCAAGAUGCUGGACGGGGGUGGCGGCGCUGAGAGGCCCAUGAUCACCUCCCCGCUCUCCUUGGUGAAGGUGGAGGAACAUCAACGCUCCAACAUCAACAAGUUCGAGCGGAGGCAGGCGAGACCCCUGGACGCCCCCCUGCACCGGGAGGAGGAAGGGCCCGAGUUCCAGCAGAAGAUGGAGGAGACGCGGCAGCCGCCGCCGCGGGUGAGGCCGGUGCCUUCCCUGGUCCCUCGCCCGCCCCAGACCUCCCUAGUCAAGUUCGUGGGGAACAUCUACACCCUCAAAUGCAGGUUCUGCGAGGUGGAGUUCCAGGGUCCCCUCUCCAUCCAGGAGGAAUGGGUCCGGCAUCUCCAGAGGCACAUCCUGGAAAUGAAUUUCUCCAAAGCGGAUCCUUUAAGGGGAGAAGCUCCUCCCCUCCCCCCCGAACCCCCCACCCUCACCGAGGCUCAGUAACGGGGGAUCCCCCAACCCCCCCCCUCCCAUCUCUCACCCCAAGCGGGGAGCGACUGGGUGGCUCCAGAACAUCCUCCCUCGACUCAUCCC